AUGGCUUCCGAGAUUCAACCCAAACACGAAGCCCUCGAGGCUCAGGAUGGCUCCCCGCGGUAUGACGAGAAGAUGGGCACCUCAGAACCCAUCGACGCGCCGAAGAAGUCGUGGGCACUGCGCAAUGGACUAACGCCCGCAUCUUUCGGCCCCCAUGAGGAUUAUUCCAAGGGCACCGUUGAGUUGUCGCGAGACAUGAAGCCUCGUCAUCUUAACAUGAUCGCUAUUGGUGGCAGUAUCGGAGCUGGUUUCUUCGUUGGUAGUGGUGGUGCUCUACAGACUGGUGGCCCUGGCUCAUUAACGAUUGGUUUCUUGAUCAUGGGUGUUAUGAUCUUCAAUGUCGUCUACGCUCUUGGUGAACUCGCCGUCAUGUACCCUGUGUCAGGUGGUUUCUACACCUAUGCCAACCGAUUCGUGGAUCCUUCUUGGGGUUUCGCCAUGGGAUGGAACUAUGUCAUGCAAUGGGCUUUUGUUCUUCCUCUCGAACUGACAGUCUGCGGUACAGUCAUUCAGUACUGGGCACCAGAUACCAGCGUCGCUAUCUGGGUCAGCGUCUUCCUUGCCGUCAUUAUCAUCGUCAACAUCUUUGGAACCCUUGGAUAUGCUGAGGAAGAGUUUUGGGCCGCUCUGCUAAAACUUUCUGCCACUGUCAUCUUCAUGAUUAUCGCUGUCGUCCUUGUCUGUGGAGGAGGCCCAAGCAACGGUAUUUACGAUGAGUACUGGGGAGCCAAGCUUUGGCACAACCCCGGAGCCUUCCAGCAUGGUUUCCGAGGAUUCUGCGGUGUGUUUGUUACUGCUGCCUUCUCCUUCAGUGGAACAGAACUCGUCGGUCUGGCUGCUGCAGAGGCACAGAACCCCGCUAAGGCCCUUCCUGGCGCCAUUAAGCAGGUUUUCUGGCGAAUCACCCUCUUCUACGUCGUUGGUCUUCUUCUCGUCGGCUUCCUGGUUGAUUCUACCGAUGAGAGACUUCUCAACGCUGGAAACAACAACCCAAGCGCCUCGCCAUUCGUCAUCGCCGCCUCAAACGCUGGUCUCAAGGGGUACGAUUCCUUCAUGAAUGUUAUCAUCCUCGUGUCUGUCCUCUCCAUCGGUGUGUCUUGUGUCUACGGUGGUAGCCGAACUCUGGUCGCUCUCGCCCAACAGGGUUACGCUCCUAAGUUCUUCGCAUUCAUCGACAAGUCGGGACGUCCUCUUCCUGCUGUGGUCUCGAUCAUUGCCAUCGGUGCUCUCGGAUAUAUCAGCGUCAACGGUGAUGGAACUACUGUCUUCAUCUGGCUGCAGGCUCUUUCUGGUCUUGCUGCCUUGUUUACCUGGGGCUCCAUCUGUCUUUGCCAUAUUCGUUUCCGACAGGCUUGGAAAUACCAUGGCCACACCCUUGAUGAGAUUCCAUUCCAGCACGUCUUUGGUGUUUGGGGUUCAUGGGUUGGCCUCAUUCUGAUUGUUAUUGUUCUCAUCGCCCAGUUCUACACUGCCAUUACCAACAUUGAUGGAUCUCUCGGUACUGCGGAGGGCUUCUUCCAAUCCUACUUGGCUCUACCUGUGGUCAUUGCCUUCUAUAUCAUUGGCUAUGUCUGGAAGAGGGAAGGAUGGAGGAAGGUCAGCGAGAUUGAUCUCGACACUGGUCGUCGUGAGCACGAUUGGGACACUAUCAACGCUUACCGUGCGCGGCUUGCCAACGGACCAGCCUGGAAGCGUUUGAUGCAUCACCUGUUUUAG